AUGGCAGCCCAUGCCGCUACUGCCCCCACUGCUGCUCCAAUUACCACUACACCAGCAAAGCAAUAUGCUGGAAACCUGCCGCAGUGCGCCGAAUGCAAUUUCCACCACAAUGGAAAUUGCCGGGAGAUGCACUAUAACAAUUGCAACAAGAAAGGGCAUAUAGCCCGUUUUUGUAGAGCACCAGCACAACCGAUCACCCAAGUCCAAGGAGUCGGUGUGGGUCGAGCAUGUUAUGGGUGUGGUGAAGCUGGGCAUUACAAAAGAGACUGCCCUAAGGCAAGGAAUGCUGGCGGCACGGGACGAGUGUUGGCAAUAGGUCAGAACAAAGCGAUAGCUGAUCCCAUGGUGGUUACGGAAAUAAGAGACAUUUUGGUGCCAGUUAUUUAA